AGGCAUAACAUUCGAGACAAAUUUACGUUCGGAUAAUCUACGGUGAACGCAUUUCUAAACGAAAUUCGUUCGUAUACAUUUCCAAAUGUACGUAUUAGACUCGAUAAAGAGUUAACGUAAAAUCUUAAACAUGGAUAGCGUGUCACGUCAUUUGGAUGGCAACAAACGAAUCCCCAGUUCGUCUGAUCCAAACGUGAACAUUGUUAUGCACCUUUUACUAUUUGCAAACGCUCGAGAAAACAGCGAAAACGAAAAGUUUGCUAAAAGGGCAAUUGAGUCACUUGUAAAAAAACUGCGGAAAAAAUCAGAGGAACUGGAUGCCUUGAUAAGAGCUGUGUCUACUCGUGGCAAUGAACCCAGUAAGUGUGUCACAAUCCCAAGAACUCUUGAUGGCCGCUUGCAAGUUUGUGAGAGAAAGGGCUUUCCUCAUGUUAUAUACACAAGACUUUGGAGGUGGCCCGAUAUACAGAAAAUGGAAUUGCGGCAUAACGAUUCUUGUCUUUAUGGUUUUGACUUAAAAUGUGAGACCGUUUGUGUGAAUCCAUAUCAUUAUGAAAGAAUUGGUUCCAUACACACACUAGCCAAUAAUGUAUCUCCGCCAUCGUUUAAAGGUGCUUGUGCAACGUUAAUUCAUCCCAUGUCGUGUCAAGAUGAGCCAGCUAAUAGCCUAUACGAUCAUUUGGCAUUGAGUACCAACACAGGCACUAUUGGCACUCUUUUAACAAUUCCAACUCAAGAUGAUCCUUGCCCUUUGAUUGUUCAAACCUUGCUUCACUAUGUCCACUUCAAAUGCCCCAGUCCUGAGUUGAAAACUUUCGCUCGAAAGGCUACUGAAUCAAUUGUUAAAAAAUUGAAAAAGACUCCAAAUGAACUGGAGUCUUUGAUAAUUGCAAUCACAUCUCAAGGUAGGCAACUUUCUAGAUGUGUCACAUUGCAACGGACAAUGGAUGGCCGAUUGCAAGUUGGGGAAAAGAAAGAUUUCCCACAUGUGAUAUACACAAGGCUAUGGAGGUUUCCUGAUGUCCACAAGAUGGAGUUGAAACAUGUUGAAUACUGUCGUUAUGGUUAUGACCUAAAGAACUGCAAAGUGUGUGUUAAUCCAUAUCAUUAUGAAAGAGUUCAACCCCCAGAUUGGUUUCGAAAUUCUUUAACUGUAAACCCCACCUCUGCUCUAGGAAUUUUAAUGAAUCCACCUAUCUCAUCACACGAUCCCAUUUCAUACCAAAGCUGUAAGUUAAUGCCGUCGAAAGCACCGCCCGUUGGCUCAAAUGUAAUUCCAUAUCUACCGUACUCGCAUUAUGAAAAUAUAUCUCAUAAAACAUCACCUGCAAGGAACAAUUUACACCUUAGUUCUCCUGCUGAAUUUUCUUCAAGUGACAGUGAACGAGAUCAAGUGAACGAAGAAAAUACAAGUGAUCAUAUGUACCAUAAUGGAGAGGACCACGAAGCUCCUCUCGCUGAAUGGGAAAUACCAGAAACAGUCCCUAUCGAAUCAUGUGUUUCCUGCUGUCUGUGCAAUAAUGAUGACAGUGUUCAAUUUGGUCUUGGAAAGAUGAUAAAGUUUGCUCGUUUUUAUGACCGUUUUCGUCACACAGAGGAACGAAGUUUUGAAAGGCAAAAUUCAACUUUCAAUUUAAAUGAGAACAAAUCAAGAUACUCUAUGCACAAAAGAUCCUUUAGUCGUGGUUUUUCUCACGCAAGCGGCAGAAACAAUGAAAAUCGUUGUAAACGACGUAGAUCAAAAAGUCCGGAAGAGAUUGUAGAGAAGUUAAUUCUAACAUUGGAGGAAGAAUUCGCCAAACUUAGGUUUGGUUAUAACACAAAGUUAAACCUUACAGAAAUUUGUGAUGCUCGCGGUGAUUUGUGGGUGCACGAGAAGUGUGCAACGUGGACAGCGGCUAACGGAAGUAACGAAGGUCCACUUAAAGUGACGAGUCUUGUUGAGAAAGCCAUGUUUACGACAUGUUCUUGGUGCAAGCGUUACGGUGCAAGUGUCAGCUGUGCGGUUCCUCAUUGUAGCAAAAUAUUUCAUCUUCCAUGCGCAAUAGCGGCUGGCGUUUAUCAGAAUGUGCGUAGUUUGAAAGCUUAUUGUUUGGAUCAUCCACAACUUUUGCAGAACAUAGCGUUUUGCAGCACCUGUAACUGCCCUGGUGAUGUUAACAAUAUAUUGUUCUGCAUUAAUUGCGGGUACCAAGCUCACGGUGAAUGUGUCAAUCCUUCAGUAAGAGUCACUCCAGCUGUGCGAUUGGGGUGGGAAUGUCGUCACUGUAAAACAUGUCAAACAUGCAGGAAAUCAAUCGACGUAAAAAAAUCAUUAUUAUGUCGUAGUUGUGACAGAGGAUGUCAUAUGAAUUGUAUCGAAGAUGGUAGGAAUUCAGAAUUUGAAAAGUAUGCAGCUUUCUGGAAAUGCAAGAAAUGUCGAAGAUGUCAAAUUUGUGGUAAGCACACUCCUUCGGCGACAAUUCCAGUUGAGGGGAAUGGAGAGCUCAUGUGUAAUGAAUGUGAAUUGUUAAAGAAGAAAGGCCGUUGUCCGUUGUGUAAUAAAGGUUUUUGUCUUCCCUCUCCCCCGUCUGUUGCUGUUCAAUGUGAUACUUGUAAAAGAUGGUUGCAUAUGACAUGCGCAGAAAUUGAUCAAGACACCUACAACAGAGUUCAAAAUGAUGAUGAAUUGAUUUUUGUUUGUGAAUCUUGUAACCAAGAUGAAUUGUCGUCAACAAAUAGCCAGGAAAAUGAAAACGAGGACAAAGAGGAACAAGAUUCGGAUAAUGAAAGCAACUUGGGAAGCUCAAAUGUUAAGAAAAGCAAUGAAAUGUCGAUAUUUAAUGAACUUCGUUCAAAUAAUAUUGCUAUUCAAGAAGAGGUAACCCAAGUCACAACCAGCUGGUCAACUAGUGAACCAUUGCAAUGGUCGCGACUUCGGUUGGCUUAUUCAUUUGAAUAUUACUAUGCAAAACAACAAGUUGGAACAGCAGCAACUUUGUUGAAAGUCCAUUCCCAAACAAUGGAAAGUACCAAAGCACCUGUGACGACAGUUUUAGUUGAGUCAUUGAGUUAAAUAACUACGUGAAAGAAUAUAUCAACCAUCCACCUCGGAUUUGAUCAAUUGAAGGUAUUAUCACAAUCUUAUACAAAAUGAAUAGAUCAAAGAUGUAAGAUUUGUAAGAAGAAGAGAACAGCUUCAAUGUAGAUCGCACGUUUGCCAUUUCUUGGUGACCGCAGUUCCGGGGGGGAACUUAAUGACUUUCACUAGGCGAGUGAUUUUUCAGGUAACAACUCCACUAUGAUUUUAGAACAAAUUAUUACUAAUACUUUCAAUCAUAUAGAUCAAAAAAUAAGGCUUGUUUCAUACGUCGAAUUUUACAUGAGCCGAAUGCAUUUAAAACAAAAGGUAAUGAGGAAUUUUAUCUCAUUUUCUUUUGUUUUUAAUGCAUUCGGCUCAUUUUCAAAUGCGACGUUUCAAACAGGCCUAAGCUUAGAAGAUAAAGCAAACAUAUUCAAUUUCAGAUCGAUAUUUUCUUAUUUAUAAAAUGGCGAAAUGUACUUGUGUACAAUAAGUACCACAUAAAUAUCUGAUUAAUUUAAAGUAUACUUCUUAUCGAGGAAACUAGUUUUUAUAACACCAAAAUUUAUCGCAUAGCUUUUUCUUUCAUUACAAAGAGCAUUUAAUAUGAAAUCUAACUACAUCGUGAAAUUGCGUCAGUUUACUUGUUACUAGAGACCUUGAAUUUUGUUCAUUAAGGUAAAUCCCAUCUCUGUCACAUAUACCUACAUUAUAUUUUCUAGAUUUCGGAAAUAACAGUUUCAUCCACUUUUUUAAGAACUUUCAUAACUUUUCCACCCUUAAACACAAAUUCAUCGACGCAUUAUAUUUAAGUGUUGCACUUGUGAAAAAAAAAGUUCUUAUCAUGCUGAAAAAUUCAAGUCUUAGAGAUUAUAUUCCUUUUGUUACAAAGUGAAAUAUUUCUAGGAAAAAGUAAACUAACACAAUUCAACUUAGGAAUUAAGUUACUAAGUUAUGCAAUCAAAAAACUGAUUAAAUUUCGUGUCAUAAACAUUUUUAACCAAGAUUAGAACACUGUGAUCCAUGAUAGCUCGUAUUCUUGAAUUUUUAUUUUUUUAAUGUGGCAAAUAAUUUCUUUCACCCUAGCCAUACUAGGUUUCAAUUAUUCUCGAUGCAUUAAUUUCUACGAAGGUGAUACGCAAAAUAAAUUUCACUGUUUUUUUUAAACUGACCGUACAAAGAAAUCAUCUGUAUAAAAGACGUUGCUAAAGAAACGGUCCGCCAUAUUGUAGCUAAUUACUUUCACAAAUUCGACAGGAGUGGCGCAGUUUUUUAUUAUGGAAUUUUAAUAAAUUGUUUUACAUAUUACCUUCGUUAAGUCAAUGAUCCGAACGGUUUGUCUUUAUGUAUAUAUUGUAAAUAAAUAGAAGUGUUAUUGUACAUUUAUCAAUUUCGAGAAAUUAAAUGUACGAGUAAAGUGAAGAGUUCUCAUUUUUGGUUACAAAUUUACUUGAAAUUUAUCUCAAGCCAAAUCCGAACAAUCAUUUGCAACCAUCCUCGACGAAAUUAGCAAACUUUGGAAGCAAAUUUAAAUUUCUUGACCGAAUCCUGACUUACUGUACACAGGCAUUUUCCUUGAGUAAUUUAAAUUCGGACUUGCCAAUGCGAGAAAUUUCAAGUAUAUAUGAAACCAGUUAUACGAACCUUUCCAAGACCAAAAAAAUUUAAUGAAAUAUUCAUCAUAUUAAUCAAAGCUUGUAGCUUCCAUAAUAUUUUGACAUACACAUUUCAACAUGAUCAGGUUAAAAGUCUCUUAAUUUUGAUUAAAAUGUAAAUAGAAAUUUGCAAUUUAAUACAAAUUUAGGUACUGCCUUAUAGCAAGAUUAUAUUUUGUUUUCAAUGCAUGAUGAAAAAUAGUCUAGUUGAGCACACACAUGUUUGAAAAAAAACUGUACAGGUAGUCACCUAAAUUCUUGUAUUUACAACAAAUCAAAAAUUAUCAAAAUGUACAACACAGAACACGUUUAACAUCCUAUUGCAAGAUAAUGAAAUAGGAAGAUAUUUUGUCAGCACGCGCGACAUUGCUAGCGUUACAAACUUGCAAAAGGAUGUUCAAAGUAGUUUUGUACUUAAAAGUAUAGAAAUUUUGGUAUGUAUAACUAUUGAUUAAUAAAAAAAUAUUUAGAUUAAA